GAGAUAUCCUAUUAGUAUACUUUUCAACAUACUUCUUAAGACUAUCUUGCUAUUUUAAUCCCAAUAUUUAUUUCUAAAAGGUAUCUCCGGAGUCUAAAAGCCUAAUGAGAACCCUGGUUAGAAUUAGAAAAAAAAAUGUUCACUUUUAAUUACCUUUCUCAUAAAACUUUUAGUUUACGAUUGCGAGAGAGAUGGUGGUAUGAUCAAAGGAAUAAACAUUUUGGAUGCCAAUGCAUCUACUUUAAAUAUGUCGCAGUUCUGGACCCUGAAGUCACCACUGUCAUAUAGCUCUCUUUAUAAAGAACAGCGGAAGGCUCUGUGGUCGGAUGACCAAAGACAAGGUAUUGGUAGAUUCUACAUCAAGAAGUCCCCGGUGAUAAAUAUUCUGGCAUGGACUAUACACCACGGAGCACCAGAACAUGAAGGGAUGUCUCCAUUCAAUAAGUGUCCAAUAUUUCGCAAUUGUAACAUCACAAAUGACAAAUCACUACUUGACAAUACAGAAUAUCUCCUCUUUCAUGUUUCUAAUAUCAAUUCCCAAAUUCUUCCACCAUAUCAGAAACCGAAUCAAAAAUGGAUCAUGCAUACCAAAGAACCCCCUACUAGAUGGUACUUCAAGAAAGUCUUGCUUGUGAAGGAUCACAUUAACUUUACCAUGUCAUAUUGGACUGGGAGCGACAUAUUUGUGCCGUACGGCUGGGUGAUACACAACGAAACCAAGCACCUAGACCCGAGCCACCAGAUCCCUAAGAGUAUAUUUGAAACACGGACGGGUGUUGUUGCAUGGCUAGUGAGCCACUGUGACACACCCAGUGAGAGGGAGGAUUAUGUAGCGGAAUUAGCUGAGUAUAUACAGGUAGACAUAUAUGGAAAGUGUGGUAAGCCUUGCCCAAGGAAAAAAGAGUGCCUCGAGAUGAUAGGUAAUAAAUAUAAGUUCUACAUUGCAUUUGAGAAUUCCGAUUGCGAAGGCUACAUUACCGAGAAAGUUUGGCGGAAUGCCUUCAAAUACAAAUUAGUUCCCAUAGUAAAAGGGACGCAAGCUACAUUCUCCAAAUAUCUCCCACCAAAAUCAUUCAUCCAUGUCGACGAAUUUUCAACAAUCAAAGAUCUAGCUUAUCACCUCGAGUUUCUGAACACGAAUUCAGAUGAAUACAUGAAAUAUUUAGAAUGGACUAUGUAUUUCGAUGUAAAAACGUACAAUAAGUGCCUAUUUUUCUGUAACAUUUGUCGUUUGUGUAAUUAUUACGAAGGCAGAACUCACACAACAAACCUGGAAUACUGGACCAACGUGACAAGUCAUUGUUCACUAAGUGAAAGCUAUUAUGACAAGAAUGAAUCUCCAAAAGAUUCCUAGAAUAUUUUAGCAAAUUAAGUAGAAAGCAAGAUGGUUCGGGAAAUGAAAGAAACUAAUGGAUAAAUCGAUUAAAAUAUUCAAUAAAAAUAGUUAAAUAGCAUUUGGUGAAAUUAAAUGUUGACUUUCAUUGUUCAGAAAAAUAAGAAAGGUGAAUAAUUAUCCACAUAUCUCUCA